AACAGACAUUUCCAAUGAUAUGAUGCCCAGCAGCAGUGGGAGAACCACAGCAGUGGGAGAUAAGUCUGUGACAAAAGAAGGACCAAACCAGUGCUGUAAUAAUAUAAUGGUGUGAGUUGAUGGGAAAAUGAGUGUCAGGUUUGGCGACUUAUGAAACAUAAUCUAGUAGUGUUUGAAAAUAAUCAGUGUGAGUUAAUAAAACUGCAGCACAUAGAAAAAAAAUUGCUGUGUUCAUGUGCCUUCCUUUAUGGAAAUCUAAGAGAAAACACACUGAAUGAAGCAGGUUUAUGUUAUUUGAACCCACUGAUUAUUUUGAGGAGCACAUGACCUUGUAAAUAUAGCGCAGGAUACUGAGAGGUGUUGCGAUGGCUUUGCAUACAAAGGGGAUGUAACACUUCCAAGCCCUCUGCCUCACUUCUGCUUGUGGAAUUUGUUAUGCCGGUGGCACCAGACUUGCCAUAAAAAGCCCUUACAUUGGCUGUCCUUUCCAUUCUGGCAGCUUCCAGCCUUACAGAGCUAUCACUUCUCAGUCAAGACCAGCUUGUGCUGAGCAGAGAGACUAAAGGGAUCUUUUUUCACAAGUGAUUGAUAGGCAAAGGAUGGCUGUGAGCUUUAGCUGGGUAGUGACCUGUGUCCUCUUCAUAGCUAGUAGCCCUGCCAGUGGAUUUAGUGAGAAAGGACUCAAAAAGAUGUUGCUGGAGAAGCUCAGGCUUCCUGAAGUCCCUGCCCUACAGAAGACAGACCUGGAGAAUGUGGUAAUUCCAGAGUAUAUCCGAAACAAGUAUAUGACCUUGCUGAAGCGUCACCGAGUGAAGCGGAGAGCUUUGCCAAGUCUAGCUGGGAUCUUGAGAGGAAUUCCCGGCAAUGCAGAUAUUCCAGGAGAUGUCCUCUAUUCUGAUGCCACACGGCAGAAGCUGAUCUUUGACAUGGAGGGAAGGAUACCCGAAAACAGUGAAGUUACCAUGGCUGAGCUGAAGCUUUUCAAAAAGCCUGUGGAGAUGAAACACCUGCCCAUCAGGCCAUCUCAGAGGCCAGUCAUGAACGCCAGGGUGAGCGUUUAUUGGGUGCAGCUACAAGACAAUGGAACCAACCGGACUUCUUUGAUUGACUCCAGGUUAGUUCCAGUCAUGGAAUCUGGCUGGAGGAACUUUGAUGUCACACAAGCUGUGCAUUUCUGGCUAAAAACCAAGAAGACUGGGCCAAUGCUCCUAGAGAUCUGGAUUGAAGGAGAAAGGCUAGGCAGCUAUGCUUCUGAAAUGGCCAAAAUGGUGCGCUUUACCUCCCAGGACCCUUCAGAUAAAGCUCUUGGCAAACCGGAGUUAGUGCUUUAUACUCUUAACCUGGAAGAAUAUGGAGGACCUGGAGAUUGUAAAGAAGGAACCUUGACAGAGAAAACCAUCUGUUGCCGCCAGGAACAUUAUAUCAAUUUCCGAGAGCUGACCUGGACUCAGUAUUGGAUCAUUGAGCCGGCUGGCUACCAGGCUUACCACUGUGUGGGUGGCUGUCGGCAGCCCAAGAACUUGCUGCGCCAUUUCGGCUAUGGAGAGAGAACGUGUGCUGUAGUGGAGAGUUCCCCGCUUCCCAUGAUGUACCUUGUCAAGAAGGGAAACUACACAGAGAUUGAGGUGGCAGAGUUCCCAAACAUGAUUGUAGAAAAAUGUGGCUGCAUAAUGGACAAUAUAGCAGUGGUCUAGCUGUGUACACGCUGACACACUUGAACUGGUAGUUCUAACAGAUGUGAAAGAGGAGCUCUCUAUUCCUCCCAUAAUUCCUGCUGUAAAUGCUGCCUUAUAACAUAAUGUUCCUAACCCUACAUGCAGAACGCUUGCGGCAUCUUGUUCAUUUUGUUCAUAGCAUAAUUCUCUCCUUUCACUGAAGGAAUACAAUUAUACUGCUAAAUGGAGGCUGUUCCCAUUUGGACUUUUCC